CUUUCUUCAACGAAGUAAAGUGUAUUUUGUUCGCCUUUAUUUUUACACACGUUUAUUUGGUUUUCUAGAACUUAGAAUCGCAAAAUCCCAGAGCCGUAUCGCCUUCAACAAUGGCCUCCUCCUCCUCCUCGUCCUCGCAUCACCUCCGCGCCAGCUUCGCGAAAGAGGCGCGGGUCCGGGAGCUACUUGCCUCGCCCUUCCGCAACCCGCGGCAUGCCGUCGACGUGGCUUUCAAAGCGUUUCACGACCUGGGGCUGAGUGGCGACCACUUUCUGUUCAAACGCGUCAGCUUGUACUUCUUGUCGGUGAGUCUGGAAGAAAAGAAACGAACAAAACCUUUUCUGGCGUACAAAACCCUGCCGACGUCGUACGGCAUAACACCUUUGCAAGCGAUAAAAAACACCCAAUGCACCGCUCGCGACUGGUGUUUGCUGUUUACCAUUUUCGUGAAAGCGCACGUCUGCGACCGGGAGUUGCUGCAAUUUUUCAAAGACGAGGUCUUCUGUAAAAAGCAAGCUGAGGCAGCUACGGAGAGUACAAGAGAUCUUGAAGUGCAGAGCGCUGAAGACCACUCCUUUUCGACAGCCUCUUCAACUUCUUCGCUUCACCGCAGACCUACAUCUAGCUCCCUCGAGCAGCUGACGGAGCUCGCGCACGGGCUGCAGAGAUUUUUGAAACCCGCGGCACGAAGAGGACGGGACCACUGUGCUGCGGGUACCUCAAUACCGGGUUCGACAGUCAAUUUUGCUGAGGCCGAAGAACUUACUGCUGAAACUGGCGAAGACGACCACGCGCCCGACCAAGAGUUUGGCUUUCGCGAGCUCACCGUUAUCGGGGGGUACUACUCCCUGUACGCCCCCGAGGAGACGCAGGUGUUCGCGGAAAUCGAUCGGCGCCUUGCGGAAACAGGCGCCGAGGUGUCCACCUUCGCGCUCUCGGAGCUGUGCCGCGCCUACGCGAGAGCCGGCUUUUUCAAGGCGAAUUUGGGUAGUACUGGUAGUACCACUUCUGGAAAGAGCCGGACGGAGGUGGAGACAACCACUCCAGACGUUCUCUCGAAGACCAAAUCAAACGAAAUAGAAACAGCGGCAAAUUUCUUCGCAGCACAACGAAAAUUAUUGCCACAGAAAACCGAGAAAGCGACGACAAUGUUGGAAAAGUUGGUCGCGAGCGAACUGCCGAAGAAGUUAGAACAAGACGCUUGCUCCGUUGAGGAUUUGAGCCACUUUUGCUGGUUUUUUUCCAAACAAAAACAGAUCAUGGAAGAGGAGGAAGGCAGUCUUGAAGCUGUUGCUGGUAGUACACCUAGCGCGCAUGGCCGAACCUCCACGCAAGAAGCUACGAAGACUACUACUUCCCAUUCGCCGUCAACAAUAAAAACGCAACGAUUCAUCUUACAGAACCAACUAGCCGAUACCUGUUUGCGACAAAUCAAGCAGAGACCCCAAAGUUUUCUCGCCAAUCUGGAUGCACUCGCAAACGUUGUUUUCUUCUGCGCGGAGAGAAAGUUGCACUGGAACGCGGUGGUCCGGUGGGCGCUGCAGGAAUUGCCGGGGGGUGGACGUAGUACAACUAGCAUAAAGAUGUUGAAAUCCACUUCAACUGCAAGUAAAAAACCGAGUGCCAAUAUGAAAAUCGCGUCCACAACGUUGCUGAAAUUCCUGCAAGCCGCCAGCCUGGUGAAAUACCCACAUCUUGGCUUUUGGCAGUUUGUCAGUCGACAAUUUAUGGAGCGACUCAGGUUGGAGAGGAUGGGAACUGAAGAUCCGAUGUCAUCUACUUCUGGGGCUUUUAUAACUGCGCCUGGUCCUCAUUUUAUUUCCCAUUCUUCGAGUUUGAUCUCCCGCGAGGAAGCUGUGCUGAUCAUGCGCUGCUACACGAAAGCCAAGAUGCGGUCCGCUGCUUUGUUUCGGAGUCUGGCAAUGCAUCUCGUCUUACUGGCGUCGAGCUCGAGCCUGCAAGCUGGUGCAGCAAGACCUUCCGGUGGUCGUCCCUCAGGAGGUCAAAACCAAUUCUCGUCAAGAAUGCCCGCGUCGAUGAACACACAGCAGAAGAUGCUUUCUUUCUACGAGGCCAUGACCAUUCUGCAGGGGUCAGAAAAGUUGGAAACCGCCCUACCUAAGAGCGUUGUGGAUUUGCUGCCAAAAAGCUUCGGAAGCACCACGAAAGAUCGAAUUGCAGUGGACGCAAUGAAAAGGGCGAGGCUCGUGUGAAUAUAUGGACGCACCAGAGAAAGUAUUGCCUGCUGCUGUAGCUGAGCACUGCUAUAAUCGCUUUCGUGAUCCAUCAGGAGCAAGAGAUCAAGCUAUGUAGUGUCUUUCGCGAGUUAGACAAGAAUGAAAAUACGCAGACUUUUCUAUAUUUCUUGCCGUCUUUUCGCACUUUAAUGAAGGAU